AUGAUCGAAUCAGAGGAUAAGUACUUAGAUCUGCCACUGGUGGUUAUUGACGAGGGUACUUUCAAAUAUGUGCUUCUAUCACUAUGUCCCUCAAAUACAUCCUCCGGUGGUGAUCCAGUCUAUUUUAUAAGGGGAGACUCUUCAUGUGAAUACCACGUAGAAGUGAUUGGCCAUCUGCACCAGCGGCUGGUCAAAAUGGGUUGUGAUCCUAAAAUUUGCGGGGGAGGUAGGAUUUUCCACCAGGCGAUUACGAAGGAAAUCAACAUCUACGGCUACUCUGUACAAUAUGGGCAAGCAGAUCACUCAAUCACAGCGAGAAUUUUGGAGAAUAUGCUACCAGACUAUAAAAUUACAUGUUCAAAUGAAGGCUAUUGA